UGUGAAGUAUGUGUCUUAGCAACCGUGUGCACCGUUGCGCGGAUCACUUGUGUUGCGCUUGAUCAGUAUAAAUUAACACAUAACAGUAAAUUAAAGGCGAAUGUUUUGUUUACGUUGAGGAUAAAGAUGGCGCCGAAAAAGAAAGCGGGCCUUCAGACUGUGCAGAAGGAAACGGAUGAGCUGGAGAGGAAGGUGAACGCUUUAGUGCAGUACUUUAACACACUGGGCGUCUCAGAGAGAGCAGAGACAUCACAGAGGUGUUCAGAACUACAGAGUACAGUGACAGCUAUUCUAACAACUCUCCAGAAAUUAACCAAGGCAGAUGAAUGGGCUCCUGUAGGGGAUUACGAUCAGAGGAAGAGACAGGAGGAGGAGCGACUCAGGACUUUACAAACGAAACUCAGAGCUCUAACAGUACAACCUCAGGACAACUCGGCUGAGGAUGAGGACGACAGUGAGGAUGAAGACAGCCAAGAGGAGCAUGCAGACUUUGCACAGGAUGAUGAUGAUGAUGAUGAUGAUGAUGAAGGUGAUGACAGAAAGUCUGCUCAGAAGAGCGAUGUGUGUUAUGUAGUUCUAAGCUCUUUCAGGGGCCAGGAGGAAGGAGAUCUUAUUGUCAAAAAAGGAGCUGUUGUUAAAAUCCUGGAGAAGAGUGAUGAUGGAUGGUGGUUCGCUCAGGACAAAGAGGGAAACAAAGGCCUCGUCCCCAAAACCUACCUGAAGAAAAUGUCUCCAAAUGAGCGAGUAGCAGAAAUAAAAAAUGAUGAUGAUGAGGAUGAGGAGGAUGGUGAUGAUGAUGAGGAUGAAGUACAGGAGGGUGAAAGUGACCCUGCUGACAGGAAACCAAGCACGGCUUCCAACUGGGACACAGUGAGACAGGCUGUUAGUGAGAUCGACGCCACUGAUGUGCUGUCGGCCAUGGGAGCCAUUCCUCCAGGCUUCAGACCAUCCACACUGUCUAAACUGCUGGAGGAAGGGACCUCCUAUAGAGCCAGUCACUAUAUACAGCCUAGACUCAGCCAAUCAGAGCUCAGCUUUAAAGACCUUCAGCUGGACCCAGACACUGGCAAGGUCCUCGCGCGCCCGGCUCGGGUGUGUGUGAACGUAAUUCUGUGGAGCUGUAGAAUGAUCCCACCGCCAGGGGUGGGUCUGAGGGUGCUGAGUCGUCACGUCCGUCUCUGUGCUUUUAAUGGAACUGAGGUGUUGAGUAACGUCCACACAGUGCGAGCCUCCUACACUCCGUCCAGCCCAAAAACAUGGAGCUUCUCCCCGCGGGUGAGCAGUAUGCUGCCCUCUUUGUUGGAUGGAGAUUGUUUUUUCCGCUGUGAUUCCCACUCUCCUGAUCUGGGAAUCCUGUUUGAGCUCGGGGUCACCUACAUCCGAAACUCUACAGGAGAGAGAGGAGAUCUAAGCUGUGGGUGGGCUUUCCUUAAACUGUUUGAUGAAAAUGGAGCUCUUAUACCUCUACGAACACAAGAGCUCAUUGUGCAUGGUGGCACUCCAUAUGAGGGUGUAGUUGAUACAUUUCACACGUCAACCAAAAAAGGUGGCUCCACUGGUGUGCUUCAUCAGAUACUGAUGACCAGGAAACUUCCCAAACUCAUCAUCAGGCUCCGAUCCCCAAACACUCGCACCAGAGAACAGCUCAGCCUCCUCCCUGACACUUUACUCGGCUGCAUGUCCACGGUCCCCCUGCUGGUUUUAUACAGACAGCUGCUCGCUGACACACUGCUGCUGGACCGGGUCACCAUGCAGAAUGCAGAUCUGAUCUGCAGCUCAGUUCUAGCUACAUUCCCUAAGGUUCUUGAUCAGUCUGACCUAAUGGAUGCCUUUAGGAAAUCAUGGGUGGAGCAAGAAAACAACCUGAAGCGGUCUGACAAGCUGAGAUGCCCGAUCCUCUCUGGGCCAAUGAGGACACAGAAGCACAACGUGCCCGUCUCAUUUACAGCCCCACCCAAAAGAUCUCCUUGGAAACCAUGCUGUCCUCCAAUCACAAGCAUCAGGCCUUUAGCAUUGGUCAGAUUUCCUACGACCUCCUCACGUCUGCCUGGAACUGACGAAUCACCAAGCAGCACACAGCUCCACUACACACUGUCCAAUUAUCACGCAGCUCCACUACACACUGACCAAUCAGCUACCAGUCAGCACACAGCUCCACUACACACUGUCCAAUCAGCACACAGCUCCACUGCACACUGUCCAAUCAGCACACAGCUCCACUACAUACUGUCCAAUCAGCAUACAGCUCCACUACAUACUGUCCAAUCAGCACACAGCUCCACUACACACUGUCCAAUCAGCACACAGCUGCACUACACACUGUCCAAUCAGCACACAGCUCCAUAACAUACUGUCCAAUCAGCACAGAGCUUCACUACACACUGGCCAAUCAGCAUACAGCUUCACUACAUACUGUCCAAUCAGCACACAGCUCCACUACAUACUGUCCAAUCAGCACACAGCUCCACUACAUACUGUCCAAUCAGCAUACAGUUCCACUACAUACUGUCCAAUCAGCACACAGCUCCACUACUUACUGUCCAAUCAGCACACAUAUCCACUACACACUGACCAAUCAGCACACAGCGCCACUACACACUGUCCAAUCAGCACACCGGUCCACUACACACUGACCAAUUAGCACACAGCGCCACUUCGCAAGUCCAAUAAGCAUACAGCUCCACUACACAUUGUCCAAUCAGCACACAGCUCCACUACACACUGUCCAAUCAGCACACAGCUCCUCUACACACUGACCAAUUAGCACACAGCUCGACUACACACUGACCAAUCGGCACACAGCACCUCAACACAGCGAGAAAUCAGCACACAGCUUCACGUAACAGUAGCAGCAGCAGGAGUUACGUAUCACAUUACACUUAUAUUAUUUACAUUACUCAAUUUCCUUUGUAUAAAAAUAUAUGUAAUGAUAAAUUAAUUAAACUAAAUAGAAAUAUGUCAUGAUUUAUUUAUUGUUUACUGUUAAUAAACAAUGGACACA